AUGCCAGCUGUGGAUCGCCCUCAGGAGUUUGCUCCACCACGCCGUGCACUUGCAAGUUCCGGACAAGGACCAACAGCAGUGACCACAGGUGUGGCCCCAGCAAAUCUUCUUUAUGGAUCGAGAGUGGGCAUAAGAUCUUGCGCGGAGCAACGGUAUGUGGCAGCCUAUGCCGCAGCAGAAGGUGGCUUUGAUCUGGAUGUUUCGGGAUUCCACCCGCUGCGGCAGGGUGAUGCAUCCGAUCGUGGAGCCGACUGCCCAUCAGAGUGGGUCUUACUGCAGUUUAGCAGCCAGAAGCACCGCGGCAUCGUUUACCUGGGGGAUGAAGUAUGCUUCGCACGAGAGCUGCGAAUUGAGAAGCGGAAGGACCGCUUUGCAUACUUAGCUUUGGAGCCGAACUUGAACAGCGACAUGGAGCCAGUAAUUCGAAGGGUGACACCGGGGGAGGUCACGGAUGCAUGCAAAUGGACCCUUGUCCAUGCCGACGGAGAGAUGUCGGGCAAGCCAGUACAGUGCGACAUGCCGCUGCUUCUCCGUGGCAAGUACCACGAUUGUCUUGCUGUGGGCCGCUCGCUUUGGGGUACUGCGGUGUCCCCAGCACGAAGAUCUGGAAAAGCUUUGGUUUGCAAGGGGCGAGAUGCCCGGGUGCCGGAUCUUCGCUUUCGCAUUGUGAGGGCUGGAAUUCCUUUCAGCCCGGAACUUGCGAGUCCUUCGCAGCCUUCGCCACCGCCACCGCUACUGGGGCCUGAAGCAGAGGGCGAGCUUUUCAGUCAAAAGACUUUCGAAGAGCAGGAGCACUUGCUGUUGGAUGAUCUGCUCUAUUGUUUACAAGGCUUCGAAGGCACAUUCAUUCGACAGAGCUCCAGUACUACGGAGCCCAUCUUUGAAGUGGAGGUGCCCUCAGGUGCCGAUACUUCGACUGCCCAAUUCGUUCAGCAGCUAUUGCCUCUGUGCAAUCACCAUGCGUGUGUGCAACAGUUCGUUCGUCAGCACAGCAAGUAUGAGUAUGGCACGGUCAACCACGCAUUGUGUGCAGCACUGCGAGAUUUGCUGACAGAGUUUGCCAGCAAG